AACUUAACUUCAUCAAUCAUUAUAAUAAAAAGGAUUCGAGUUACCACAAAGAAAUACUCUGCCUUCUUAUCUCUUCUUUCUUCUUCUUCCCUCUUCUCUAUCAAACUAGAUCUUCAACUAGGAAGUCAAGCUUACCAGUCUUCGAUCCAUAUCUGUUCUUCACAUAAACCAACUAAUUGAGUGAAUUAAUAGAGAUGAGAUCAAGAGACUGCGAUGAAGAUGAGAUUCAAGCAAAUCAAGAAGGAGAUCAUAAUCAUCAAUUAAAUUUAAACAGCAUGUUCCAGCCGCAGAACCAGCCAAGUUCAGUGCCAACAUCGAGGCAAUGGACCUCAGCCUUUAGGAAUCCAAGAAUCGUACGAGUUUCAAGAACUUUUGGUGGCAAAGACAGACACAGCAAAGUCUGUACAGUCCGUGGCCUUAGAGACCGGAGGAUAAGGUUGUCCGUACCAACAGCGAUUCAGGUUUACGACCUUCAAGAUAGAUUAGGGCUGAGUCAGCCAAGCAAAGUCAUUGAUUGGUUACUCGAAGCAGCAAAGGAUGACGUAGACGAGCUCCCUCCUUUACAAUUCCCACAAGGGUUUAAUCAAAUGUAUCCAAGUCUCAUCUUCGGAGAAUCAUCAUCAACCUCAGCAGCAUCAACCUUUCCAGGUACCAAUUUAGGUUUCUUGGAAAGUUGGGAUCUCGGUGGCUCUUCUUCGAGAACAAGAACAAGAAUUGCUGAUACUACAACAAUACCGAGAGAGAGUUUUGAUCUAGAUAAAGGGAAAUGGAUCAAACAAGAUGAGAAUAGUAAUCAUCAAGAUCAUGGUUUCGACACUAGUCAUCAAAAUUUCUCUCUGACCAAUCCUUACAACAACAACAGUACUUCCUCUUACUACAACCUCGGACAUCUUCAAAACUCGCUAGACCAGUCCGGUAAUAACGUUACUGUCGCAAUACCUAAUGUUCCUUAUAAUAAUAAUCUCAAUUUGCCUCCUCCUCCGACAAUGAGCUCUCUAUUUCCGAUGUAUCCUUCGUUCCACGGAGCAUCUCAUCAUGUCGUUGAUGGAGCUGGGAAUCUUCAGCUCUUUAGCUCCAAUGCCAAUCGCAACAACAGAUGAUGACGGGUAACUCAACUUUGAUUAUACCGUUUCAUCAUUGCGUGAUCAGCUUGAAUCAUGGUAUAUGGAUCGUCAUAGUAUUGACAAUGAUUCAGACUCGUGAAACAUUCAUAAGAUGUACUAUACAUACAUAUGUUAUAUGCAUACGUAUUCUUAUAUAUUAUAGUAUUAAAUAUAUUUUCUU